AUGCGUCGGCACUUUGGGUACGUGGCCCCAUGUACACGCAUGCCCCCGGAAAGUCUGGUCUCUGGCUGCGGCAAGCGUGCGAAGCAGAUCUUCCAGGAUGGGCAAUGGCCUGACAGCGAGGAGGGCCUCCGGGAUGGCAUGCUGCGCCUUUGGCGCAGGAAGCUCAAGAUUGUCUCGGAGCUGGCGAACGGCCCCGAGGCCUGUGUGACGGACGUGCCCGAUGACGAUCUGGAAGACCGGCUUCUUCUGGGCAAGGGCUUUCAGAGCUUCAUCGACUGCCUGGCUGAGGGUGCCAAGGUUCAGUUGGAUGACCCCGUGAAGGAGGUUUCGCAAGACGGCACUGGUGUCACCAUGAAGCUGAGAUCUGGGAAGUCCUUUCGCGGGUCCUUUGGCAUCGUGACAGCGCCUUCCGGCGUCCUGGCGGAGCUGCAUCCAGACAGUGCCAUCCAGUUCCAGCCAGAGCUGCCGGAAGACAAGCGAAGAGCCUUGCGGAGGCUAUCCAUUCCUUACCGCGGGGCCUCCACCCACGAGAAGGUGGUGCUGCGCUGGCCAAAGAGCGACCCUUUCGUGGCGGCGAAGCUAGCGCCUCCGGGAGCCGCAUUGCAGUUUGAGACGACGGACGUGAGGUUCCACUUUUUGAACCUUCACAAGUACGGCCGGGAAGGUCAGCUGCUGUGUCACAUUUGGGGCGAUGCCAACUGGGAGGAGCACUCCAGUUUGGGUGAUGAGGAGCUGGCGCUCCACGUGGUGAACGGGUUGCGUGCCAUGUUCCCAAAGGACGGGUGA